AUGGCACAACUGAAAAACAUCAUGGCGAGUCUAGAAGACAAAAUAUUGUGGCCGAAAAACUCUCAACAACGGAAGUUAAUCGAACCAGGUGUGAAUUUUUGGAAAUUCACCUACAGAGGGUUUUAUUUUCCUGUUAUAUUUAAUUUGCUUAUGUGGGCUGUUUAUCCAAUUAUGGACGGUUCGGCGCAUGAAAGUAAAUUACCGUUCUCGGCUUGGUAUCCCUUCAGUACGAAAAAUUCACCAAGCUACGAAAUCACCUACUUCUACCAAAUAAUAGGUAUUUCGGUCCUUGCAAUAACUAAUUUGAACAUGGACACUUUUGUGGCGGCAUUGAUGAUGUAUGUUGGUAGUCAGUGUGAAAUUCUGUGCGAUAGUUUGAAAAAUUGUGGAAGAAGUGGUACUAAAAAUUAUAACACUAAUUUGAUCGAAUGUGUGAAUCAUCAUAGAAAAAUCAUUAGGUAA